UAAAAUAUUUGUGGAUCUAUAGAAAAAACAAGCACAAAAAAGCAAUUUUGAUGGAUUUCAGGUUCAACAGAGAACUGGUGGGUGAGGUGCAUUGUGGGUAGUCAUGUUUUUAGUUAUUUUGUUCUAUUUUGGGGUGUUUAUGCAUGUUUAUUGUGGGGCAUUGUUGUUCUUAGUUAUUACUUCAUUCAGUGCUGAAAGUGUGGUGCUACUUUAUGCAUCAUGUUGGCACCAUAAGCGAGGAGGUUGGCCAAAGGAAUGACCACUCUGUGCCGUUCCACUUGCAUUUGUACAGCGGUGGUUCACACUGGAUGUUGUUGGCUUUGGCUUUGGAUGCUUCACUCUCACUGGCUGGGUGAGUGAGUGAGUCAUGUGCUGAGAGCAACGUACCUUGGUUAGUGUAGUACAAGUUUUUUGAGUUAUAUCAACUUAUCAAGUUUGAGUUAAUAAACAUUAACAUUUCAAGUACAUUUUCCAGAUAAUAUGAGUUGAAAAUGUUGAAAAUCUUGAGUGAAUUGCUCCCCAAUUAUAAAUCGAGGAACAUGAAUAUUUAUAAGAUAACAGAGAUAAUUUAAGGCAACUGCAAAUGUAACUUUUAUUUUAUGUAAACUUGAAAUAUUUAUAAACAUCACUUAAAUAUUUUUUGUAAUCUGUUACAAAAUCAUGUUUGAGUUCUGUGAAGUUAUUAAGGUUUACAGUGUGUUCAUCUUCAGGGACAAAGUCGUAAUAAUCCAGGCAAAAAUAAAAGGCAACAUCGGUUUCAGUACCGCGGCAGCGAGAGCAUCCAUCCGGCUGCAGGAGUCGAAGCUUUUGCACAUUGGAUAAGUGACACAUGACAACCUACCUGGGAUCUGUUGCUGGUUGGAGAUGAUAAGAGGAUAAAGGCCCACUCUGGACAGGUUUAUUCUAUAAGGUUUCUCCAAUCAGCUUGUACCUGAGCCCUAGCCCUGCAGCUUCCAGUCACACCUGCUGUUGUCAGACUAGCUGGACGCGUCUAGACAUUUGCUGAUGGAUUUGACGUUAAAUAAGAGAAGAAUGAAAGACUCGAGCUGAAUCUGACAUGUGCAGGAUGAAACCUCGACACUGUGGCCGAGCGGGACAAGACUCAGAGGAGAGUGUGGCUUUAGUCAGAAAGCGGGUCAAUCUGCAGGUUUUAGCAUCUCCUUCAUCCAGACCUAUGAAAGCAUUAAAAGCAUCAUCAUUUCAUCAGGUUAAGGUGUGGUUCUGCAACAAAACACCGUCUCAUCAGUCACUAGUGCUGCCUCGCAGCAUCCCACUGCACAAGGAGUUUCUGUCUCACAGACGUCCACGCUCUGGGCAUCUGAAGAAGGUUAGGGUUCCUGCUACCAGUGAGGAGGAGAGCAGAGGAGCUGCUGACUGUGACUGAAAGGUCUCGGCUUCACCGGCGGCCCUGUGUGGUCGCUGCUGCCUGGAGACGCCCUCACGCGUCCUCCUCUCAGGUCUUCUCUGGACAAGUGACUUCCACUUGGACUGCAGAGAUGUAAAUGUGGGACUUGAGAUAAAACAAGCUGGUUAGUCAAAGACAGACCUGGAGAACAUUUGAACUGAUGACAUGCAGCCUAGACUAGACUAGACUAGACUAGACUAGACUAGACUAGACUAGACUAGGGAGACUAGGGAGACUAGAAGAUGCUUUUAUGAAUAACUUUUCUGUGACCUGACUUCUGAGACCUGAGUUGGACUGGAAGUCUGAAGGUUAAGGUAGACGUGCACCUGAAAGACGUUAAACUUGAGUUGGACUCUGACAACAUGACUUGUGACCAUCUCUGGAGUGCGUGGCCGCCCUCUGGCUGUUUGCCAACAGACUGAUGUUGCAGCAGUUACCUGUGAGCAGGGAAGCUGGACUCCACCUCCAGCCCGAGUCGGUGUGUGAUACUGUUGUAGUUUAGACGUGCUGCUGCAGAGAGGGAGGACAUCAAGUGGACGGGGGGACGUUCCUAGCUUCCUUUCCAGGAUCGCUCCCCUCUACAGGACGACACCAGAGCUGGCUCUGCUUGCAACCGGAGACAGUCUAGCGGCUGACCUCGUGUGUUUACCUCCUUGUUGGCGGAGCCUGUGGAGCUCGUCUCCAGCCUCUCUGUUGGACAGCUGCAGGGAUGCAGCUUCGCCUCAGGUGUCACGGCUCGGCCACAGAGACAGACAGCCAGAGCCAGACUUACUGAAACCACGUUAAAAACCUGCAGGUAGCUAUGGCUGGAAGACUUGAGCACCAGUGUGCUCCAACGGUGACCAAGACACACUGGAAGAAACCCAGCAGUACCCCAGAUUUAUUUGAAAUGAUUGAGAGGAUGCAGGGCAGCAGGAUGGAUGAGCAGAGGUGCAACUUUCCUCCACCUCUCAAGACUGAAGAAGAUUACAUUCCGUAUCCAAGCGUCCACGAGGUGCUGGGGAGAACGCGCCCCUUCCCUCUCAUCCUGUUGCCACAGUUUGGUGGUUACUGGAUCGAAGGGACAAACCACGAGCUGGGCGGCACCGAGCUGCCCCGGCCGCCGUCUCCCAACACCCGCACCAAGCUGGAAUGUAACACAACAGCGACACUCUUCCGGAAACACUUCCUUGGAAAGGAGCACUUUAAUUACUAUUCAGUGGACACUAACCUUGGACAUCUGGUGUUCUCCAUUAAAUACGAUGUGAUUGGUGACCAGGAACAUCUCCGUCUCAUGCUCAGGACCAGGCUGAAAACCUACCAUGAUGUGCUUCCCAUUUCCUGCCUGACAGAGUUUCCUAACGUCGUCCAAAUGGCCAAACUUGUGUGUGAAGACGUCCUCGUGGACCGCUUUUAUCCCGUCCUUUAUCCCAAAGCUUCGAGGCUUAUCGUCACUUUUGAUGAACACGUGAUAAGCAACAAUUUCAAGUUUGGGGUCAUCUAUCAGAAGUAUGGACAGACCUCAGAAGAGGAGCUGUUUAGCAACAGUGAAGAGAGUCCUGCCUUUGUAGAAUUCCUGGAAUUUCUGGGGGAGAAAAUCGAACUUCACAACUUUAAAGGCUUCCGCGGAGGGCUGGAUGUGACUCAUGGGCAGACCGGAGCAGAAUCUGUCUACUGCAACUACCGCAACAAAGAGGUCAUGUUCCACGUGUCCACAAAGCUGCCUUACACAGAGGGGGACACCCAGCAGCUGCAGAGAAAAAGGCACAUAGGGAACGAUAUUGUGGCCAUUGUGUUCCAAGAAGAGAGCACUCCCUUUGUCCCAGACAUGAUUGCUUCAAACUUUCUUCAUGCUUACAUCGUGGUCCAAGUGGUCAACCCCUGCUCUGACAACAUUAACUACAAGGUGUCCGUGACAGCAAGGGAUGACGUUCCUUUCUUCGGACCAGCUCUUCCAAACCCUGCUGUUUUCAAAAAGGGCUGCGAAUUCCACGAAUUCUUAUUUACCAAGCUGAUCAAUGCAGAAUAUGCAUGCUACAAAGCAGACAAAUUUUCCAAACUGGAGGAGCGUACAAGAUCGGCCUUGCUGGAGACCCUCUAUGAGGAGCUCCAUGUGAAGAGCCAGGCCAUAUUGGGAGUCGGAGGAGAGGAGGACAAACUGGAGAAUGGGAGUGCAGCAGGAGGGGGCUUCUUCGAGUCCUUCAAGCGAGUGAUCCGUGGUAGGAGCCAGUCUGUGGAUGCUGCGAGUCUAACUUUCAAGAAGACAUACACAAUCUCCUCUACUGUGAGUGGUACCUUUAACGACAACGCUACAGAGAGCCCCAAAUUCCCUGGGAUAUCAUUGCUUGUCCCAGGCAAAAGUCCCAGUAAAUAUGGACGUCGAGGCAGUGCCAUAGGGAUAGGAACAGUAGAAGAGUCUUUGAUCAUCCCAGGAAAAAGCCCAACGAGGAAAAAGUCUGGUCCUUUCAGCUCCAGGCGGAGCAGUGCCAUUGGCAUCGAAAACAUCCAAGAGGUCCAGGAGAAAAGUAGAGAUCCUUCUCCAAACACCCAGAAGACACCAGACAGUGGUCAUGUCUCUCAGGAUCCAAAGUCUGACAACUCGGACCAGAGCUCUCCUGAAGUCCUGACAACAGCCAAAAACAGCUCUUAUCUUUGCAGCAGGACCCCGUCCAUCCCUGAAGGCCACAGUCUCUCCCGUUCUUCCUCAAACGCCAGCAGCUUUGCCAGCGUGGUGGAGGAAAAUGAAACGGAGACAGCAGAGGACUACGACACAGGCAUGGAGAGUCUGUCAUCUGCUGGGACUCCUCACAAGCGGGACUCCCUCACGUACAGCAACUGGCUAGAGGACAGCAUCAGCUGCACCAGCAGCUACAGCCGUGGAAGUUCUCCUGGACCCGAGAAACCCGAUCGAGGGAAAUCCAGCGACAUACGAAUCAAACUGGAGCGGUCACACAGCCAUCAGUCCUCCAACUGUUAGAUUCACCCGCCUGAUUCUGCAUCUUCAGCAAUCACAUAGUCGCACUCUGAGACUUGGAUUUAACUUGACCUGUGAAAAGGAGAACAACGAUGCAGAUGAGUGAGGAACAUCAGGAGUCGGGCCAGUCCGCUGCUCCGGGACGGCUGCAGGACGCUGGACAGGACGACGUACGGGGGACAGCUUGUUCCUUCCACUCUUCGCACGUCUGAUGCCUAGCUGUACACUUCCUACCUGACGCUUGUCUCUAAUAGUGCACAACUAAUCUACGACUGUAAACGUUUUAGUUGUGCAGAAACAUUCACCGGGUUACUUGUCUUGCUGGAGUCGCGGCGUGCUGCUGGUACUCUGGGUUGUUUUAAAUGAGAAGGCGGUCCUGUUUGAGCAGAGAAGGGUGUCGAGUUCAGUCGUCCGGGACGUAGCUGGAGGGUUUGUUGGGCAUUUUUCUUGUGUUCUGUAGAUGUUUCACCUUUUUGCCAACCAUGUUUUUUGCUAUACGAGCGGUUUUUACAGUUGAACGAUGCACUUUUCUCUGUCGACCAUUUCACAACAAACUGAGCACUUCUGUGUAUCCGGAUGAAAGUAAAGACACUUUCUUUUUCCUUUUUUAAAGUUUAUUUACAUUUAUUCAUAAAUGAAACAAAACAAGAAGGGUCUUUCUAAUUUUAUUCUGAUUUAUUUAUCAGUGUGUCCGUGGCCAAACAUGUAACAUGUUAGAUUUAAGCGACAGUAAUCUCCUCAGCAUGGAUGAACUAACGCUGCUCUCUGACCCACACCCAUUCAUGUUUUUAUUUAUUAUUUAGGGUUCCAGUGAAAUGAAGCUUAAGGCAGAUGCCUGUAAACUCCAUGUGUGUGUGGCUUUGAUGUAAAUGAUAAUGCUAGCUGUAAAACGUGUCUGCUUCAGGGGUCACAUCCUGCUCGGUAAUUCAGAAAUGCAAACAUAAUCAAAGUGUGUAUAUUUAUUUGCUUUAAAGGUGGCUAAAUAAGUCCAAACACAACUACUGAUGAUGUAAAUACACAUUUAUUUAAGUCUACUGUAAAAGAGCUUUGGUUUUAAAAUGAAUGGAGCAACAUCUGAACAUUACUGCCAAAAGAAUAACAAACUAUUUAUGCUUUCUUCUUCCUUUGAAAUGUUCUUUAAUAUAAUUUAGAGUAAGUUUUAAAUGUACUCAGACUGUUCUGUAAAGGGGAAAAUCUCAGUGUGUCCCAUUCAGUUGCCUUAUGUCACAAAACAAUGGUGGAAGUAAACACUUAGCAGUCAUCCGUAUCUACAAAAAUGUUUUCUUUUUGCUUGUUUUACUGCAAAUAAAUGUCUUCAGACGCUUA